GUCUGAAACAAACAGUGGGGAACUGCCCCUGGGAAAAGAAAAAAAAAAGAGGACUGGGGUUGCUUCAUUGUUUUCAUUUAUCAGCAAAGGCAAACUCUCAGACUGAAGGAUUACUCCUGGCUACGGCAGACUGAGUUUUAUUUCUUCUUCUGUGUAAAGAAAACAUGAAGAGCAGAGCCCUCACGGAUCGAAGCUGUAUUGUGCUACUCCUGGUCCUGUGUUCCCUCGACAAGCUGCUGGUGCAGGCAACCCCUCAAGAUGUUUCCAAGGAGCAGCUGGAAAAUCCAGAUGAACCUCUUUUGAAACAGAACAAAAUUCACAUGGCCCAGUACAGAUGUUUCCAGAAGAUCAUGAAGGAGUCACAACACAAAACAAAAACAGCUGUGGGGCCGGUGUGCAACAUGACAUGGGACGGCUGGCUGUGCUGGGAUGAAAGCGAAGCCGGCGUGAAAGAGCAGAACUGUCCGGACUACUUCGAUGAUUUUGAUACACAUGCGAUGGCGUACAAAAUUUGCACUGAAGCGGGCGAGUGGGGACGGAAUCCAGUAAGCAACAGGACGUGGACCGACUUCAACAAAUGCAAAGCCAACUUUACAAAUCAAGGAGAGCAGGCAACAAUGACUCACUUCUACUUGGUUAUGAUUGGUCAUGGACUUUCACUGCUAUCAUUGCUCAUAUCACUGGGAAUAUUUUUCCAUUUUAAGAGCCUGAGCUGCCAAAGGAUAACGCUCCACAAAAACCUGUUUCUCUCCUUCAUGCUAAACUCAAUUGCUACCGUCAUUCUGCUCACAACAACAGUAGUGACGCAGGGACACACACAUACUGACUCUGCAAGCUGCAAGCUGCUGGAGUUCAUCCACAUGUACCUGAUGAGCUGUAACUACUUCUGGAUGCUUUGCGAGGGCAUCUACCUGCACACUCUGAUAGUUGUGGCCGUGUUUGCAGAAAAACAGCAUCUCUUUUGGUAUUAUCUGCUGGGUUGGGGCUUUCCACUCGUGCCAGCAGUGAUAUACUCAAUAACGCGUCACUGUUACUAUGACAAGUGCAGCGUGAAUACUUCCUUGCUUUACAUAAUCCAUGGCCCCAUCUGCGCUGCGUUGCUUGUGAACCUUUUUUUCCUGUUGAACAUCGUUCGGGUUCUCAUUACCAAGCUGCGAGUGACGCACCAGGCUGAGUCCAGCCUCUACAUGAGGGCUGUGAGAGCCACCCUCAUUCUCAUCCCUCUUCUCGGCAUCCAGUUUGUCCUGCUCCCAUAUAAACCUGAUGGUCACUCUGAGAUCUAUCACUACAUCAUGGACAUCCUGAUGCAUUAUCAGGGUCUCUUGGUUUCUACAAUAUACUGCUUCUUCAACGGGGAGGUUCAGAGUGUUCUUCGAAGACACUGGAAUCAACAGCGGAUGCAGUUUGCCGGCACUUUUGCCAACGCCGACUUCUUCCGCUCCGCCUCCUACGUGGCGUCGUCGCUGACCGAGGUCCACCGCUGCUACAGCAUCGAAAGCCACACCGAGCACAUGAACGGCAAGAGCUACUCAGACAUUUUCAGAUCAGACAGCCCUUUUGUGUGAAGCUCUUCAGAUUCAUCACUCACUGUUUUGUUCUCUUCCCAAGGUAUUAUGAGGACUAACAGAGUUAUUUUUUCCAUCUCCCAGGCAAAAUGAAAAAAACGAAAACAAAAAACUCCUAAAUUUUACUUUUUGGAUGAUUCAGUAGGACUGUGAGAACAAAGAAAUAACAUCCUAUGACUGAGGAAGACACUCAAACAGACUUAAAGUGUGCUGCAUUGUGCAGUUAACCUAAGGAAUUAUUUCUUUUUUGUAUUGUGUGGAUAUGACUUACAGAGCCCUCAACGAAGAUGUUUUCAUGGGCUGCUUAUUAUAAUCUUGCAGAAAAAUUGAUAUCUUUUCCAGGCAUUUUUAGGAUAUUGAUGGAAUUAUAAAAACAGAUGGCAAACUCUCUGCUUUGAAUGUUUCUCUAAGAUCGUCCAAAGUGAGAACGAGGCUCCUUGCAAUGCUUCAAAUUGAGUGGAUGAAAUCAGCGCUGUAGUUGUUUGGAGUUAAGCUGAAUGGCGAGCAUGAAUUGCAGGAAAUUCCAUUAUUUAUAUGAUUUGUAGUGGUCAUCUGUAAAGCAUAUGUAAAAUACCAUAAAAUAAACUACAAAUACACGAAAAGACACAUUAAAAACACCCAGCUCGCUUUGCAAAAUGCCAUUUCUGCUUUAGCUGUUUGUGAAUCGAAGGUAUGCAGCACGAGAUGUGCUCUGAACUCUCCCUUGAGGUGAAUUUUCUAUUUAUGCGGUUCCUGUUUUCUAAACGAUGUCCACAAAAGAGUUUUGUCAGAAACAUAAGCUUGCACUCUCUGGCUUGGCGACAGCUCCGGUAUCUUUAAAAUUGAUACUCGGAUUAGGCUCUCUGUUGUUUUAUUCCAAAAUGCUGGAGACGUGAUUGUGAGCAGAAAAAGAUGUGCUUGUGCAUCGAUUUGAUUGUGUAUGAAUAACAUAUUGUAAGGCACAUAGCAUGAAUUUGUACAUCAUAUUCAGUGUUGUUUGCAUGAUUUUUAGCUACAAACCAGUCAGUGUGUAUAGCAAUAUCGACAUGUAAGCUCAGAUUUUUAAAAAAUUCUGGACCACUAAUUUCACAAAAUACACCAAUAUUAGCAUUAGCACUGUUAGUAUCAUUUAAGCCCAGUAAGUGGCAGGAUGCUGUACAUGUCUGAGAUAAAAGGAUGAAACUUUCCUGUAGAGCUGCUGGUUUCAGCCUUCAAAAACAGGAAGCGCCUUUCCACUGCAGGCUCUCAGUGCAGGUGUAAGGUGGCGUGAAAUUUUACUGAACGACCGCACAGCCGGUCAUUUCUGCCUCUCUGUUUUUAUUGCAAAACAUGAAUACAGGACCAAAUUUUGUUUGUGGGUUAGGAAGAAGACGUUGAGUUCUGUAAUUUAGGCUGUUGUAGACACAGUGAGGUCAAACAAAAAAUAUCUUGUGGCUUUUUCUUUAUUUCGUUUUUGUGAUUUUGGCAACAUAUUUCUGCCAUUUUCCCACUGGCAUUCAUUUAAACUGA